ACAUCGUAUGGAGUUGUCGUUUUCCGGAUUGUAACGAAGCCUCGGUAAAUUGCAGCAGCGAACAAAUUGGAUUUGAACCUGCUCCCGUGACCGUCCUUCAGUGGAUACGGUGCUUCACUGGAUUUUUGCAGUUUUUUCUGUGUAUGUGUUGAAGUGGAAUCUGCUUCUCGUGUACGAUUUGUAACCUCAGUUCCAAUCUGUUACCAUGUGUACAGUGUAACCACAAGUGUGAACGACGAAAAAGUUCUUCAUGGAAAGCAAACAAUGAAUAUUUGAUAGUGAAUUUGCAGUGAUUCGUGGAAUUAAUCGCUUUUCGAAGAUGCACCCACACACGUACACGUAUAGGGAAAUGCUCUACAGCCACAUUGAAUGGUGAAGUUCGUUAUUUUUGCAUCAGACGUGGUGCCUGACGGACGGCUGCGAAUGUAUACGUGCACCACGGCCACGGCAGACGAGUGAGAAUCGAUCAAAGUGCGCCGACAUUCGUCGACCAGUAGUCAGAGUUUCGAUCAUCGCGGCCUGUUGGUAGUGGUGCCGUCACCAUCGGUGCUGGGCUGCGGUGUAUGUAUUGGAGCGCAGAACGUUUCAUUGAUUGACAUCAUCCAACUAUUGCUGGUAUUGUUGUUGGUUCAAUUGAUUGGAUAUACGGAAUCGAACCUGCGGCGGUAGUUUCAUUCGAUUUGCAUAAUAGUCCUUUGAAUGUGUAGUGAAAUCCAUUGUUUUGUUGUGGUUGCUAGUGGCACUGUCGAUUGAUGUAUUUAUCCGCGGUGACGUUUUGGCAGGAAAAGCGAUGGAAACAGGAGUGCGUUAGUUAAAUAUUUGUUGACGAAUCGACGACUGCUGCGGACGACGCUGUGUGGGAGCGAAAAGUUUUUGUUUGUUGAUUGAUAUUGUAAGAACAUCGUAAAGCAAACCAACUAUCCUCUUUUUAUGAGUAUUGUUAAUUCAUUGGGGAAAAGAGAAUAUCGCACUGUCGACGAGGUGUUUCUUCAAAAUUCUGCAAAAACAAGUCAUUGCAAGGAAAGAACCAGCCCCUGUUGAAGGGGUACACACUGCAAACCGGUUCACCAUGGGGAAACUAUUGUCCAAAAUCUUCGGCAAUAAGGAGAUGAGAAUAUUGAUGCUCGGGCUGGAUGCCGCAGGGAAAACUACUAUUCUAUAUAAGUUAAAAUUAGGUCAAUCGGUAACGACAAUUCCAACAGUCGGCUUCAACGUGGAAACCGUAACGUAUAAGAAUGUCAAAUUCAACGUAUGGGACGUUGGCGGACAGGACAAAAUUAGACCAUUGUGGAGGCACUACUACACAGGUACACAAGGACUCAUAUUUGUAGUGGAUUGUGCAGACCGUGACCGGAUAGACGAAGCGCGGCAAGAACUGCAUAGGAUAAUAAACGACCGGGAGAUGCGGGACGCCAUCAUACUGAUAUUUGCCAAUAAGCAAGAUCUACCAGAAGCAAUGAAACCGCACGAGAUCCAAGAAAAGCUCGGCCUGACGCGGAUACGCGACCGCAACUGGUACGUGCAACCGUCCUGUGCGACAACCGGCGACGGCCUGUACGAGGGUCUAACGUGGCUCACAUCCAACCACAAAUUAUGAGAGUAGAUGCCGGAACAACCACCAACCAAUCCGUGAGAACAAAAGUCAGAUUGCGAAUUCUGUGUGUGCGUGUCAGUCAGCGGUCGUCACAAGGAAUGCUGUAGCGGCUAGCGUGGGGCGUGAUCGAGUGCACGUGUUAUGUUGCCAAUCCUAUCCCUGUUUUCCUAAGAGAAACAUCCUUACUCCUCCUCUCCUUUCGAUCUUCAACUAUACUACUGCUGCUAAUAUGGGUAAUCUACUGUUUCGAUUUAUCGUUUUACCAAGCUACACAAUAAAAGAAAAGUACAUUUCUACUACUCUCUCGAAGAGCUAGAGAGCAUAGAAAUGUGAUGUUAAUGUGAUCAAGCCAACUAACAAAAGUCGUUAGUAUGUAUGGUUGAACUGUGACGGUUCUGAAGUAUCUGAAAAUCUGAAAAAAGUUCUCAACAUCAAGGAAUAAUGCAAGAGUGUGCCGAAGUGUUUUGAUAGUACGAAUAUUAGUAGAUAUGUGCACUCCACCAAUCGAAUUAACACCAACUCGAUCGAAGAACGUCAGGAGUGACAGCGUGAAUUCCUCGUGCGUAUUCCAAUAUUCCUAUCCGAUGUAACAUCAUUAUCUAGCUUAUCGUUAAAAAUAAAGAUGCAGCGCGAGUAGAACACAUCGAUCAAACUAAAAUUAACAGCAAUGAGCAUGUAAACAUCAAAGGUAAUCCUGAAAAAUCAUGGCGAGUAACUCCAGGUGCACCGAAAUGAGAAAGUGAUAUUCUCAAUUUUGGACUGAUUUUCGACGUAAACAUCAUACCUACGGUGGCAGUGCUUGUUCAUAAUACUAAGGCAAAGUAUGUACGUCUAAAAUAUAAAUUGAAACACACUCGGAAGACGAAUUGAGGAGAAAUUUUUAUUUGUACAUAAAAAUGGAAUACUAUCAUAACUGAUUACAAAAUCUAAAACAAAAAAAGCUUGGGAAAUCAUUUAUUAAAUAGUGAAUUAAUCGAUUCAUAAUUCAGAAAAUCCUAGAAAACUUACAAAAACGAAAAACAUUCAAGGACACUUUGUAAAUAUUAUAUAAUGGUAAAAUAUACAAAUUGAAACAAUAUACUGAUUAGUAAAGCUACAAAACGGCAAACAAAUAGAAAAAAAAAUAUCAAUGAAAAGUUGUUCAUUAGAUGAAAAAGCAAGCAUUCACAGAUAAAUACGACCUGUAAAAAACACACAGUAAUAACAGUAACAAUAGACAGAAAGCCUCACACCCACUUCCCCAAAGCAUUCAAAUGCAAUUGCGAAAAAAGAGAACUUGAAUAUAGUAAACGGGAAGAUCGCGAAAUUAACUAUUAACAAGCAAAUAUGUUGUAAAAUUCAAGCAAAAUGAAAGUGCGAGCCAAAACAGAAGCGUGUGAAUGUGUUUAGUGUGUUUGUACAUGCACGACUGAAUUAUUUGCGAGUGGGAUUGGAUCCGAGUUUGCGUUAGGAUACCCGUUAUUUUUAAUAGCAUUGAUAGAAAACAGUAACUAUCUUUUACCGCCUUAUUUAUGUUUAUAUCGAUUGCCUCAUUUUUUUAAAAACUAAGAUUUUGUUUUUUUCCUGUUUGGAUCGUCCGCACGCUUGUCAUCAUGCAGAUUUGUUUUUAUUGGCUAUUUUAUGUGCGUGCAAGAGUAAGUCAAAUUAAUUUCCUUGUCGCCGUCGUGUACUAGUUGUUUAUAUUAUUUCUAACCGCGUAAGAGAAUGAUAGACCGACCGGGAGGGGGAAAAAGUAACAAACUGUAUUUGAAAAAAGACGCGUCCGAACUAGUUGAAGAAACUAACCAUAAGAAGGGUGAUACAAAUGGAUGCAAAUAAAAAUGCGUUAUGUACUACUCGGAAGUUGCAGAGAAAAAGCAAACGGGAUGCAAAAACGUGAAAACACAGUAAAGAAUAUAUUAUUAGAAAUGUAUUUUAGCAUUUAUAGCGAGCAGAGAAAACAAGUGAAAACCGAUUAAAUAAAACCUGAAAUCUACAUCUCAA